AUGGACCUCAGUGAUUCCAAAUACAAAUCAGUUAGCCAAGCUUCGUUGCACAGCGCCUAUCAAUCUCAUGAAAGACGUUCCACUACCCCGAGGCUACGGUCUCCUUCUCAGCCACGACUACCCUUCCAGAGCCUGAACGACACUUCGGCUCUCCUCCGCUCUACCGGACCUCUAGAGAGCAUGCUGAAGACGACAACGGAGACCGGAGAUCUUGGUAUCUACUCCAUCAAUUCUGGUAUACCUCCAAAUACAUCUCGACCCCCUCGCACGAGAGCCGGUCAUAAAAGGGUGAGGCGGCCAGCUCGCCCUUAUUACGAUGAAGUUAAGGACGGUCCAAUUCGGGACGACCGUAGAUCGCUACCCUCGUAUCGAGACACGACUUCCGAGAUUAUUUCAUUAUAUGGCUCUCCUGGAGUUCCUCAUCCCAGUUCAAGACGGGUUCCUUCUUUUAAAUCAUCCGGUACUUUUCACAGCCAACAAAGCAACAAUGGCCAUCAGCGCCCUCGCUCACCAUUUCCAUAUCCCACGCGUCUAAGACGGCCUGGUGUCCGGCCUUCUUCUCCAGCAGUGACAGAUAACGGUCUCAUUGAUCACCGGAGAAUGGUAGAGAUUGACAGGUCUUCGCAUCGCAUGAACCACAGUUCUCACAUGCAUAGGGGUUAUCGCAAGCAUCGACGAUACCCUCCCUUGUCCUUGAGGCCCGAAUUCAGCCGAUCAAUGUCUUCAUUACCCCCGCGCUCCUCAUCCGCACCUUAUUACGGUUCAAGGGCCAAUCUGUCAAGAAGACCCAGCGGUGCGGGAUAUCCGCCACCGAAAUCCCCAUACCUUCAGUAUAUGCCUGGCGAUCACAGUGUUCGAUCUGCCAGUUUGACUUCCAUCGUGGACAUGUAUCACGGGAGGACCCCGGACGAUGCCUUGCAACCUCUUCGUUCGCCAAGCUCGUUCUAUUACGAUUAUACGGAAGAGUUUGACAAAGGAUUCCCGUGUGAAUUUGAGUAUGCGUCCACAAUCGGCUUUCCUCAAGGACACACUAUCGGAAUAUUGAUGAAAGAUGACAUGGAGGAAACAGAUGCGGCGCCCCCGGCCAGCUUCAAAGUACCUCGAGGAGAGCAGCCGAAGGAAGGCCACCUGAUGACUUCCACUCUAGCCCAGUGCGGUUCUCCCGUACUAUCUAUCGAUACCAGCGAAGACGACUGGGUUUGGGAAGGUAGCCAACAAGAGAAGGGUUCUGGUGAACAUGACACUGUUCGGGCAAGUCCACCUCCUGUUCCACCAAAGACGGAAGCUCGAUGCCCUAACAAACCUUCGUUACAUAUGGGAAACGAAGCGGUCUCUGUGAAACCAAAGCUCCAUGGGGUGCAUUAUCGCCGAUCCCCCGCAAAUACAAACAUCAAGAUCCCGAAAGAUAAUGAUGUGACUCUGCCGAAACAGGACGUGCCCCUGGACGUGCCAAAAGCAGAUAUAGACGCUGGGAUUCUUUCACCUAACCCAAUCUCACCAGCACAUCAGCUGAGGGUCACAAACAGUAUUCCGCAGUUGAUGAAGGCUUUGCCACCGUUACCUGACGAAGCACAAUACAAUUCCGAUCUCCAUUGUUGGAGCUCGUCUAGACAUACUGCAACCCACGCAUAUAAGAUGUAUGCCAGCAGUCCUGCCAAUAAUGCUAUUCGCCUGGAGUCUAAAGUAGGUGCGGAUACGAUAUGUUCAAAACCAGCAUCAAGAACCAAUAACUCGACAAAGCCAUCUUACCAUCCAACCCAGUCCAAUCCCUCUCGGUUCAAAGUUCGUCUAAGGUCGUCUCAGUCAGGGCUUCAAAGCAAAUGGAGCCUUGAUUCUCCGGGCAUUCCUGAGAGAAGCUCCAGUAAUCCUAUCAAGCCAAGACUAAGACUCAAAGUGUCUCGAAGUCGAAUGAGCAAUAAGCUAAUGGGCCCUGAUGGAACAAUUGUGCGCAACAGCCCUCUAAAACAGUACAGCUCUCUCCUAGAGUUGAAGAACUUUCCUCACAGAGACGCUUUUACAGAUCGAUCCAGCUUUAGGGAAGCACUGGAAGAGCAACUUGCACAGUUUGGUGUUGAUAAGCGACUCUCUAAUAUCGACGAAGGAACUAUCGGAGGACCUUCGCGACAGCUGUCUGACCAGUUUGAUAUUCCCUAUCCCCCUUCAACUAAGGGUAUAGUAACGGCGGAACUAGUGAGUCAACCAAAGUUUGAUAGCGGACUUGGAAUCUUCGACAGAUGGGACUUUGACAAAACACUAUAUUCAGGGAAGAACUUCAUAAGGAAGAACUUUGACAGAACUCUCUAUUCAAAGCCCACGAGGAACAAGUCGUCUUUUCUUCGACACCGGGCUUCGCCAACGAACGUACGGAACAGGCCAAGAGGCCCGGCCAACCUCAGCGACCCUACACCGUUAUGGUCUGAGAUUACUCAGGGCAGCUCUUUCGAAGAUUCUAUGCUGACACCUAGCGUAAUGUUGCCACAGAGAAUACGCAACAGAACACGGCGAGUGAAGCGCUGGGCAGUAGAGGCAAAGCGGGCAGUCCAAGCUUUAAUGCGACGUACACUGAGCCGAUCUCAGUAUUCGAAUUCUGAAGGAUAA